UUGAAAAAGCCAGACAGAAUGCUCCAGCUGCUGGUUGCCCUGCUACUUGUGGCCCUUGCCUCAGGCUGUGGCAGGCCUGCUUACUCCCCUGCUGCCCGCGUGGUGAAUGGAGAUGAUGCUGUGCCCUACAGCUGGCCCUGGCAGAUCUCCCUUCAGUAUGAGAAUAAUGGCACCUUUCACCACACCUGUGGGGGCAGCCUCAUUGCUGCUGACUGGGUCAUGACUGCUGCCCACUGCAUUAACAAACGUCGAACAUACCAGGUGGUUCUGGGAGAAUAUGACAGGUCUUUGGAGGAAGGGAAAGAGCAAGUGAUUCCUGUCAACUCUGAUGACAUCUUUGUUCAUGAGAAAUGGAGCUCCUUCUGUGUGUCCUGUGGGAAUGACAUUGCUCUCAUCAAGCUCUCUCGAAGUGCCCAGCUCAGUGAUGAAGUACAGCUGGGCUGCCUCCCCCAAGCUGGUGCCAUCCUGCCCAAUGAAGCACCCUGCUACAUCAGCGGCUGGGGACGCCUGUACACUGGUGGACCUCUCCCUGACAAACUGCAGCAGGCCCUGCUCCCCGCAGUGGACUAUGAACACUGCAGUCAGAAGGACUGGUGGGGCACCUCUGUGAAAACCACCAUGGUGUGUGCUGGAGGGGACAUUCAGUCUGGCUGCAAUGGUGACUCUGGAGGACCCCUUAACUGCCAGGCUGAAGAUGGCACAUGGCAGGUUCAUGGUAUUGCCAGUUUUGUCUCUUCUUUUGGCUGUAACACCCUAAAGAAGCCCACGGUGUUCACCCGAGUCUCAGCCUUCAAUGACUGGAUUGAAAAGAUAAUAGCAGAACAUUAGAGAGGACCUAGGACCAGCUGGAGGGAGCCCUUUCAAUAGCAGAAAUAAAAACACCUUGAAAAGUUG